CUAGAUUGUCUAUGGAAUUCAGAUGAAGCACUUUUGCCUAUUGUUCAAAAUGAUACAAGAACACAUUUCCUUCUUAUUCCUUCUGCUGAUGAAGUACAUGCACAAUAUGGGGCAGUGUGGAUGUAUAAUAGAAUAAAUACAUUACUAAAAAGUAUUGUAAGAUCAGAGGCAGAGAGAAAGACCACAAUGAAUCGGUUUCAUUUUUCAGUGCUUCCACUUUGGAAACUUGGGAAUUGGUUACCAACAUUACUGAGGGAGUGGGAGUGUGUUGAUCAUAACUGUGGAUAUGACCAAGUUCUUAUCCAGUCAGAUGCAUUAGAUUACCCUACUGUGUUAAAGAGGCUAGAUGCUCACUACGAUUGGUUACCAAGUCCAGUAUCUGCAUUUGGAAACAAAACAUUGUCACUGGUUCUCACAAACUCAAAUGGAUGUCAGCCUAGUACUAGUGUCAAUGGUUCAGUUGCUCUUGUAACAACUGGAGGAUGUUCAUAUUUCAAAAAGGUUCAAGUGAUGCAUGAUUCAGGAGCUAUUGGAGUUUUAGUGAUGCAGAAUAAAACAGAACCACCACAAGACAUGCAAUGUCAAGACAUUGAGUGUAACAGCCCUUUACAAAUCCCCGCCAGCAUGAUUGAAAACUUCAGCUUUCCUCCCAAAUCUCGUCUCAAUGUUACAUUCCAGAACACACCCUCCCCAAACUUCUUUGCAGCCAUUGAUCCUCAGGGUUUACUACAGGAAGUGGGGUGGUUCCUAUAUCCUUCAAUGAGUUUCAUUAACUGGCAGACACAGUGGUUUCAGUACAGGGAAAAUUUGACUCAAAGAUUACAGAGACCAGCUCAAGUCAUCCACGUUUUUAAAGAACAAGUCAUGCAGGGACAAGCAGGAGUGGUUGCCAACAUUUCUACAGCACAGUUAACAAACUAUCAGGGAUUAGAACUGGACAUGUCUCUUUCUUGUCCUGGUGACAAGGAUACAACAUGUGGCCACUGGGAUCAUGGGAUCAGCUUGUUUGUUUGUUGUAAUCCCAAAUCCCCUCUCUGUGGAAUGGAGAUAGGAAGAUGGAUCAGUCCUUUCAGAAGGAGAAUUGGUCGCUGGUUGACUGAUAUUUCUCCCUUGCUUCCCAUGAUUCAGAACAACCAAUCAGCUGUCUGUAAAUUCACAAUGAAAACAGCACCCUGGGCAAUGCCUUGGAUACCUUCUUUAAAUCUUAGACUCUACAAGACAAAUGAUACCAUUUCCCCAUCGGAAACUUUUGUGCUAUACCAACCUGGUGCAACAUUUGACAACCAUUAUAAUUCUCAUUUUAAACCAUACACCUUCACCCCUCCAAAAGAUGUCAAGAAGGUUGUGAUAUUUGCUGUGAUUACUGGUCACGGAAGUGAUGAGAAUGGCUGUGGAGAAUUCUGCGUUACUUCUCAUCAUUUUUCUGUUAAUGGACAUAUCAAUAACAUAACCUUCAGUGAUGCAGGAACUCCUCUUGGAUGUGCCAACCAAGUUUUAAGUGGUGUAGAACCAAAUGAACAUGGUACCUGGUUGUAUGGUAGAAAUGGUUGGUGUGAUGGUAGAAACGUGUUUCCUUGGGUUAUUGACAUUACUCAACAAGUUUCUCUGGGCAAAAACAAUCAAAUAACAUACUAUGGCUGGUUCAAUGGAACAGAUCCAAAUCCCAAACAAAAUCCAGGAAUGAUAUCAAUUUAUUCAUAUCUUGUUUAUUAUAAAUCUUGACUGUACUGUAAUUGUAGUGUAUGGACAAUUUUUCAUCAACAACGAAUAUAAACUUGUAGAGGACUUGAAAAGAUAUGGACCAAGAGGCCCACAAUCAUGUAAUCAAUUUUGAACCCUCUCAAAUGAAAAACGUGUGAUAUCAUCACACCCUUUUUUUCCCCAUUCCUUUACUUAGUACUGUAUCUCACUUUUUUAAAACAGUGCCAAAAUUCAUGUAUUCAUUUAAAUGAAUUAACGAUGAUCUUGGUUUCUUGGAUUUUAUAUUUAAAUUUUGUCCUAUCUGAUGUAACUAAUUGGAGUCAUCCUGCUUACAGAUGGUAACUUAAGACCCAUAGGUGACAAGCUAAAUUGUAUAAUUUCAGUCAGACUUACUAUGUUCUUGAGGUGUGAGUUGGGGUUGUACUUUUAUUGAUAGUUGCGACAGGUGCAGACUUUUUUAAUGUUAACAUUUUGAUUUUACAUCUUAAUCUUCUCUCCUAGUCUCUGAACUUCUGUGUUCACACAAGCAAGGCUGCUGUCUGGUAAGAUAUGACAUUUGUAACACAGUAGAUAAAGAAAAAUAUUUCAAUGUGAUGACAACUAUUAUCCAUAGUUUCCUGUUAUUUGUUAUUUUGUUUCCAAAUUACUUAUUGACAUAUCUUGUUCAAUUUAUAUAUAAGCAUUCCAAAGAAUUGCAGAGGUGAUUUUUUUGGCCCUGCUUUUUUUUUCAUCCUCAUGCUGUGCAAAGUUAUGGACUAUAUUUUGUUUAACAAUUAAUGAUUAAAUGUACAUACAUGUAUAAAGAUAGCCAAUGCAUUCUGACUUUAACUUAACUCAUGUACCAAUAUAUUAGAAAAAAAAAUUAAAGACAUAUAU